AUGCGCGCGGUUCAGUAGCGACCGCAGAAAUCCUAACGGGAACGUAACCCAAACCGGAAGUGGCCUAGAGCGGCCAUUUCGCUUCUGUUGUUAAGUGGAUCUAACGCCUGUGCGGCUUACGGGAUGCUGAAGUGAUUGGGAAUAUUAGCAGUGGGGGUUCUGUAGGGUCAGGGAGGGGAAGCCGGCUUUGGGUGAGUGAUGAGGGGCUUGUUGCGGGGGGGGGGGGGGGGCGCGGUGCGUGAUAAAGGGAUUUCUCGGCUGAAGACGGGGCUGUGAGGCUUCUGCAGAAUCCCCGGGUCAGGCCACCUCAUUGAGGCUGCAGGAUCUCUCUUCAUAGCCCAGCACGCCUCUCCGCAGUGUCCCUGGUUGGAGAAUCCAAACACCUAUCCAGCUUCUGGCUCCUGGGAAAAGUGGAGUUGUCAGCAAGAGAGACCCAGAGUAGAAUUCCAGAGCGGAGAUGCCUGCUGAUGUGAAUUUAUCCCAGAAGCCUCAGGUCCUGGGUCCAGAGGAGCAGGAUGGUUCUUUUGAGGCAUCACUGUCAUUUGAGGAUGUGACCGUGGACUUCAGCAGGGAGGAGUGGCAGCAACUGGACCCUGCCCAGAGACGCCUGUACCAGGACGUGACGUUGGAGCUCUAUAGCCACCUCUUCUCAGUGGGGUAUCACAUUCCCAACCCAGACGUCAUCUUCAGAAUGCUAAAAGAAAAGGAGCCAUGUGUGGAGGAGGCUGAACUCUCACAUCAGAGGUGUCAAGAAGGGGAGUUUGGGCUUGAAAUCCCACAAAAGGAGAUUUCUAAGAAAGCUUCAUUUCAAAAGGAUAUGGUAGGUGAGUUCACAAGAGAUGGUUCAUGGUGUUCCAUUCUGGAAGAACUGAGGCUGGAUACAGACCGUACAAAGAAAGAUAAGCAAAAUCAAAUUCAGCCCAUGAGUCACAGUGCUUUCUUCAACAAGAAAACAUUGAACACAGAACGCAAUUGUGAAUAUAAGGACCCUGGGAAAAUGAUUCACACGAGGCCCCACCUUGCUUCUUCACAGGAACAACCUCAGAAAUGUUGCUUAUUUACAAAAAGUUUGAAGCGGAACCUAGAAGUGAGUGGUCAGAAUGAAAACAAUGACACAAAACAGCUUGAUGACGUUGUUGGGUCUGGUCAGCUAUUCAGCCAUAGCUCUUCCCACGCUUGCAGCAAGAAUAUCCAUACAGGAGAGACAUUUUGCAAAGGUAAUCAGUGUAGAAAAGUCUGUGGCCAUAAACAGUCACUCAUGCAACAUCAAAUUCAUACUCAGAAGAAACCAGAUGGAUGUUCUGAAUGUGGGAGGGACUUCACCCCAAAAUCACACCUCUUUGCCCAACAGAGAAUUCCUAGUGUAGGAAACCUCCAUGAAUGUGGCAGAUGUGGAAAAGCCUUCACGCCACAACUAAAACUCAGUGUAUAUCUGACAGAUCAUACAGGUGAUAUACCCUAUAUAUGCAAGGAAUGUGGGAAGGUCUUUAUUCAGAGAUCAGAAUUGGUUAUGCACCAGAAAACACACACUAGAAAGAAGCCCUAUGAAUGCCAUGACUGUGGAAAAGCCUUUUUCCAGAUGUUAUCUCUCUUUAGACAUCAGAGAACUCACAGUAGAGAAAAACUCUAUGAAUGCAGUGAAUGUGGCAAAGGCUUCUCCCAAAACUCAACCCUCAUUAUACAUCAGAAAAUUCAUACUGGUGAGAGACAGUAUGCAUGCAGCGAAUGUGGGAAAGCCUUUACCCAGAAGUCAACACUCAGCUUGCACCAGAGAAUCCACUCAGGGCAGAAGUCCUAUGUGUGUAUUGAAUGUGGGCAGGCCUUCAUCCAGAAGGCACACCUGAUUGUCCAUCAAAGAAGCCACACGGGAGAAAAACCUUACCAGUGCCACAACUGUGGGAAAUCCUUCAUUUCGAAGUCACAGCUUGAUAUACAUCAUCGAAUUCAUACAGGGGAGAAACCUUACGAAUGCAGUGACUGUGGAAAAACCUUCACCCAAAAGUCACACCUGAAUAUACACCAGAAAAUUCAUACUGGAGAAAGACACCAUGUAUGCGGUGAAUGUGGGAAAGCCUUCAACCAGAAGUCAAUACUCAGCAUGCAUCAGAGAAUCCACACCGGAGAGAAGCCUUACAAAUGCAGUGAAUGUGGGAAAGCCUUCACUUCGAAGUCUCAAUUCAAAGAGCAUCAGCGAAUUCACACGGGUGAGAAACCCUAUGUGUGCACUGAAUGUGGGAAGGCCUUCAACGGCAGGUCGAAUUUCCAUAAACAUCAGGUAACACACACUAGAGAGAGGCCUUUUGUCUGUUCCAAAUGUGGGAAGGCUUUUGUCCAGAAAUCGGAGUUGAUUACCCAUCAAAGAACUCACAUGGGAGAGAAACCUUAUGAAUGCCUCGACUGUGGGAAAUCGUUCAGUAAGAAACCACAACUCAAGGUGCAUCAGCGAAUUCACACAGGAGAAAGACCUCAUGUGUGUUCUGAAUGUGGAAAGACCUUCAACAACAGGUCAAACUUCAAUAAACACCAAACAACUCACACCAGAGACAAAUCUUACAAAUGCAGUUACUCUGUGAAAGGCUUUAGCAAGCAAUGAAAUCCUAGUGCAUCAGCAUAUUCAUAAAUGAAAUAUACUCCCUGAGUUUCUUGAAGAAGAGAAAAUCUCAGAAUCAGGUCUAAUUGUAUGUUAUUGAAUUCAUGCUUCAAUAAACUCUAGGGAUGCACUGCAUGAAGGGGGCCGGCCCCUCCACACCUGUGGGUAUUUCUCAUCAGAUGGGACGAGAGACUGAGAAAAGAAAUAAGACACAGAGACAAAGUACAGAGAAAGAAAAAUGGGCCCAGGGGACCGGCGCUCAGCAUACAGAGGACCCGCGCCGGCACCGGUCUCUGAGUUCCCUCAGUGUUUACUGAUCACUAUCUCUACUAUCUCAGAGAUGGGGAUGUGGCAGAACUAUAGGGUAAUGGUGGGGAGAGGGUCAGCAGGAAAACAUGUGAGCAAAGAUCUCUGUGUAAUAAAUAAAUUUAAGGAAAGCUGCUGUGCCUUGAUGUGCACGUAGGCCAGAUUUAUGUUUGACUUGACACAAACAUCUCAGUGCAUUGAAGAGCAGUAUUGCCGCCAGCAUGUCUCACUUCCAGCCAUAAGGCAGUUUUCUCCUAUCUCAGUAAAUAGAACGUAUGAUCGAGUUUUACACCAAGACAUUCCCUUCCCAGGGACAAGCAGGAGACAGAUGCCUUCCUUCCUCUUUUACUAAUUCUCCUCAGCACAGACGGGUGUCGUGCUGGGGGACAGGCAGGUCUUUCCCUUCCCAUGAGGCCAUAUCUCAGGCUAUCACAUGGGGAGAAACCUUGGACAAUACCUGACUUUCCUGGGCAGAGGUCCCUGCCACCUUCCACAGUGCAUUGUGUCC